GCGUUUAGAGAAAAUGGCAGACGAUAUUGAUAUUGAAGCAAUGCUUGAGGCUCCUUACAAGAAGACUUGCCUAACGAUAUCUCACCUCUACUCCCAUGAAUUCACCUUUGAUUCCAGUGUGAACUGUCAAUCAUAAGGGCGAGAUGUGUGACAGAGGUGGCAUCAAGCUCUUACAGUCCCAACCCUCCAACGGAAAUGGGCGAAGAUCUCAGGAAUGGCAUCGGUCACAGGAAAUCGAUAGUGGCUGGCUGCUAGCAUGGCCACUUGGGGCUUAGGCAGAAAUAGAGCCAUGGUACUGACCAAAGGGGCCAUAGCACAUGGAAUAAAACUCAAAACAGGACUUCAUGUUUUAUAGAAAUUCUCUUUAACCACUUCAACACUGUAUAUCUGGAUAACUUAAUAUCUAACUAUAUAAGAAAAUAAAAUUUAACAUGUUAAUAUGCAUUUUUAUUUUUGUAUCUUGAUGACUUAAUUGUAAGCAACAAAGUGGUUAAACACAUACCCAUCUAAAUUUUUUUAUAGCUUUCCAUGUUAAACUGUAAAUAAGUAAUUAGUUUUAAAAUUGUUUUGUAUUUUCUUAUUCCUGUUCCCUUUACCCUUUGACAACUUGAAAUGUUACCACUUCGUCCUCAUGAUGUUCUUCUAUCAACCCUGCUUAGGAUGAGAACAAGUUGAGCAGUGCUAACGGCCAUGAAGAACGUAGCAAAAAGAGGAAAAAAAGCAAGAGCAGAAGUCGUAGUCAUGAGCGAAAAAGAAGCAAAAGUAAAGAACGGAAACGAAGUAGAGAUAGAGAAAGGAAAAAGAGCAAAAGCCGUGAAAGGAAGCGAAGUAGAAGCAAAGAAAGGAGACGGAGCCGUUCAAGAAGUCGAGAUAGAAGAUUCAGAGGCCGCUACAGGAGUCCUUACUCCGGACCAAAAUUUAACAGUGCCAUCCGAGGAAAGAUUGGGUUGCCUCAUAGCAUCAAAUUAAGCAGACGACGCUCCCGAAGCAAAAGUCCAUUCAGAAAAGACAAGAGCCCUGUCAGGGAACCUAUUGAUAAUCUAACUCCUGAGGAAAGAGAUGCAAGGACUGUUUUCUGCAUGCAGCUGGCAGCAAGAAUUCGGCCAAGGGAUUUGGAAGAAUUUUUCUCCACAGUAGGAAAGGUUCGAGAUGUGAGGAUGAUUUCUGAUAGAAAUUCAAGACGUUCCAAAGGAAUUGCUUAUGUGGAGUUUGUUGAUGUUAGCUCAGUGCCUCUAGCAAUAGGAUUAACUGGCCAGCGGGUUUUAGGAGUGCCAAUCAUUGUACAGGCAUCACAGGCAGAAAAAAACAGAGCUGCAGCAAUGGCAAACAAUCUACAAAAGGGAAGUGCUGGACCUAUGAGGCUUUAUGUUGGCUCAUUACACUUUAACAUAACUGAAGAUAUGCUUCGGGGAAUCUUUGAGCCUUUUGGAAGGAUUGAAAGUAUCCAGCUCAUGAUGGAUAGUGAAACUGGUCGAUCCAAAGGAUACGGAUUUAUUACAUUUUCUGAUUCAGAAUGUGCCAAGAAAGCUUUGGAACAACUUAAUGGAUUUGAGCUCGCAGGAAGGCCAAUGAAAGUUGGUCAUGUUACUGAACGUACUGAUGCUUCCAGUGCUAGCUCAUUUUUGGACAGUGAUGAACUGGAAAGGACUGGAAUUGACUUGGGAACAACUGGUCGUCUCCAAUUAAUGGCAAGACUGGCAGAAGGUACAGGUUUGCAGAUCCCACCAGCAGCACAGCAGGCUUUGCAAAUGAGUGGUUCUUUGGCAUUUGGUGCUGUGGCAGAAUUCUCUUUUGUUAUAGAUUUGCAAACAAGACUUUCCCAACAGACUGAAGCUUCAGCAUUAGCUGCAGCUGCCUCUGUUCAGCCUCUUGCAACACAGUGUUUCCAACUCUCUAACAUGUUUAACCCUCAAACAGAAGAAGAAGUUGGAUGGGAUACAGAGAUCAAAGAUGAUGUGAUUGAAGAAUGUAAUAAGCAUGGAGGAGUUAUUCAUAUUUAUGUCGAUAAAAAUUCAGCUCAGGGCAAUGUGUAUGUGAAGUGCCCAUCAAUUGCUGCAGCCAUUGCUGCUGUCAAUGCACUGCAUGGCAGGUGGUUUGCUGGUAAAAUGAUUACAGCAGCAUAUGUACCUCUUCCAACUUAUCACAACCUCUUUCCUGAUUCUAUGACAGCAACACAACUACUGGUUCCAAGUAGACGAUGAAGGAAAAUAUAGUCCCUUAUGUACAUAGCUUUUUUUCUUUCUUGAGAAUUCAUCCUGAGUUAUCUUUUAUUUAGAUAAAAAUAAAGAGGCAAGGGUCUACUGUCAUUUGUAUACAAUUCCUGUUACCUGAAAAAAUAAAAAUGUUAACAGGAAUGCAGUGUGCUCAUUCUCCCUAAAUAGCAAAUCCCACUGUAUACAAAGCUGUUCUCUUGUUCUGCCUUUUAAUUGUACAUGUAGAAAAUUACAUUAAGGAUAUAUAGGAAUAGUUCUAGGGGACAAAUGUGCUUAACAUAAAAAGGCAGACAGGGAUGCAAUGAUGUUUUUAAUGUUUCAGAAGCCUAACUUUUUACACAGCAGUUACAUUUCACUAAUGUUGAUAUUUGGUUAAUGGUUUAACAGAGGUUUCUGAAAUACAGUUUGUGGAAUUUUAAGGCAGCUAAAAGGGCUGUUUGAUUAACAUCUCAUCCUGCAUUCUGACCAAUUGGCAAGGAAAGGAAUUUCAAAUUACAUUUCUGGAUGGUAUCUUUUUCAAUUAAUGUAUCUGUAAAAGUUUCUUUGUAAAUAUUAUGUGUUGUAGUGUGUCUAAGAUUCCAAACAAAAUGAUCCCUGCAUUUCCUCAAGAUGUUUAGUGACAGUCUGGUAAGCAAAGCAGUCUGAGCAAGAGAUAGGAAAUGCAGAAAUAGGUUUUGUCUGGUUGCAUAUAAUCUUUGCUCUUUUUAAGCUCUGUGAGCUCUGAAAUAUAUUUUUGGGUUACUUCAGUGUGUUUGACAAGACAGCUUGAUAUUUCUAUCAAACAAAUGACUUUCAUAUUGCAACAAUCUUUGUAAGAACCACUCAAAUAAAAUUCUCGUAAAAAGGC